GAUCUCUUGUAAAAGGGAUAGUAUUCUCAGGGAGCCACUCACUAGCACUCGACCCCACACACAUCGUUUUACACGCUCUCCGCCCAGAACCCGCAAGAGGGAGAUAGGAAGAGGAACAAAACUCCAAAAGAAAACAGCAAUCGACCAUGGAGAUGGCUUUCUUCUUUCUCGUGCUCUGUUUGGGCGUGAAGGGAGUUUGGGGUGGUGCUGCGGAUGGGGAGGGACUCUUCAGACCCUCCAAGCUGGAGAUGUUCGUGGACGAGCUCCCCGAGAUGCCCAGGCUUCGAGGAUAUAAAGUCAGGAAUGGCGUUCCGGCCGCUGGUAAUCUCACAAUCGGCAUGUACGAGAAGACAUGGAAGUUCCACCGGGACCUCCCGCACUCGCGGGUCUUCGCCUUCGGCACCUCGAAGGAAACCGCCACUGUGCCGGGCCCCACUAUCGAGGCCCUCCAGGGCGUCCCCACCCACGUGACGUGGACCAACCACCUCCCCUCCCGCCACAUCCUCCCCUGGGACCCCACCCUCCCGGCCCCCCGCCCCCCCGCCGGCGGGGUCCCCACCGUCGUCCACCUCCACGGCGGCGUCCACCCUUCCCACUCCGACGGCCACUCCCUCGCCUGGUUCACCUCCUCCUUCUCCUCCACCGGCCCCACAUGGUCCCGCCCCACCUCCUCCUACCCUAACUCCCAGACCCCCGGCUCCCUCUGGUACCACGACCACGCCAUGGCCCUCACACGCGUCAACCUCCUGGCCGGCCUCUUUGGCGCCUACUCCCUCCUCGCCCCCCACCUCGAAUCCCCCCUCCGCCUCCCAUCCAGCCCCCGAUUCGAUCUCCCCCUCGUCGUCUUCGACCGGAGCUUCCUCUCCGACGGCUCCAUCUACAUGAACUCCACCGGCAACAACCCCAAAAUCCACCCUCAGUGGCAGCCAGAGUACUUCGGCGACGCCAUCAUCGUCAACGGCAAGGCCUGGCCUUUCCUCGCCGUCCGCCGCCGCCGGUACCGCUUCCGAAUCAUCAACGCCAGCAACGCCCGGUUCUUCCGCUUCUUCUUCACCAACGGCCUUCAUUUCGUCCACGUCGCCUCCGAUUCCGUCUACCUCCCCAGACCGGUGACCUCCAAGAAAUUCCUCCUCGCCCCCUCCGAGAUCGCUGACGUCAUCGUCGAUUUUGCCCAGUCGCCGACAGAUUCGGCGAUCCUCGCCAACGACGCGCCAUACCCGUACCCCUCUGGCGACCUGACCGACGAGAUCAACGGCCGGGUGAUGAAGUUCGUGAUCGGGCGGCGGAGGGAGGCGGACCCAUCGCGGAUCCCGAAGAGGUUGUUCAAGUAUCCUGCGCCGGCGGUGCACCGGGCGGCGACGACGCGGUACAUCUCGAUGUACGAGUACGAGAGCACGACGGGGGAGCCGACCCAUUUAUACCUCAACGGGAUGUCGUUCCUGCAGCCGGCGACGGAGACGCCGAGGGAGGGGAGCAGCGAGGUGUGGCACGUGAUCAACCUGACGGACGACAAUCACCCGCUCCACAUCCACCUGGCGGUCUUCGUGGUGUUGGAGCAGCGGGAGCUGGUGGACCAGGACGGGUUUAAGAAUUGUAUGAUGAGACUGAACGACGCGAUCAAGUGCCGCGUGGGGGAUCACGCGAGGGGGAGGAGAUACAGCGUGCCGCGGUACGAAAGAGGGUGGAAGAACGUGUUCAAGAUGAGGCCCGGAUGCGUGACCAGGAUCCUGGUCCGGUUCAAGCCCUUGGGACCGGAGACCAAGUUUCCCUUCAAUGCGACCGAGGAGCCGGGUUACGUUUAUCACUGCCACGCGGUCCGCUGGUGGCUGCCACCUCAAACGUGACUCAUCAGAGGAUCUGAUUGCUUCCUUUUUUUUUUGGGUUGUACAAACGAUUGCUCCGGGGUUGGACGCUAGUGGAAGAGAGAUUCUUCGUUAGUCUAUCAUAAAUGCUGCAGAUAAAAUCAAUAAAAAAAUUCCGCGGCACUACUUUGAGAGAAUUAAAUACAUAUGUUACAGAUUAUGAUAUUUUUAUUGACCUUAUCUACAUCAUUUGCAGUAGUCUACCAAGAAUUUCUCCUGGUAGAGAGACAUGGCGUGGUGAAACGCAGCAUGGUUAGCUUUAUGAGAAAAAAUAAAAUAAAAUAAGAUAACACGACAAGAUUAGACAUCCUCAUAAUAUUUAAUAGUUAAAUGUAAAAGUAUUUCAAAAUUGAAGCACUCAAUGUCCACAGCUCCGCAUUUCUUCUUGUUUGGUUAAAACGUCACGGCCUCUCGUUAUCACAUGGAUCCAAUCCCAUAUCGUUCCCGUAUGUCAAUUAUAAUAUGUAGGUCCGGUGCUGUCUAAAAAUAAAUGUACUAAAUCCCGUGUUCUGGAUGGUAACAUCCCACGCACGAGGGUUUCCACUGCCAUCGUUGAGUCUCCACUAGGUGAGGUCUUGGCCACAGCAACACAAUGUUACACACCUGACAUGAAGAUGUCAUCUCGUUCUUGCGUCAGGAUGUCAUGUUGUUCUUUUCUUAGUUCUCACUGGCCUGUUAUAUUUAGUUAGGAGCAAUUCAAGCUGACCCCUACCCUGUAAUCCAAAGUUUAAAAUAGGAGCACUUGGAUGUUUUCUGGGCCAUCCAUGUGACACGGUAAUGUCACAAGCUGCUCAAACUGGUAAUGUUUUCUAUGUUUGUAAGGAUCUUUCUUUUCGUCGUUUGAUUGUUCCUUUGUUCUAAAGUCUUCUACUACUUCUCCCUCUUAACAUCUGUAUCGGCAGUGGGGCACCCACCACCAAUCAUAUUUAAAUCCUCCACUGCCUUCAACAUUUAUCUUGGACUUUCCCACCCAACUUGUGCACCAUCAGUGCCUCCAUUUUGUCCACCACUAAACCAAGAUGGAAAACAUUUGCAUCACUGAAAAAUCACCACCAUUAUAACCAAAUCCAAUCAGAUUCUGGUGAUGUGUUUCUAGUCAGAGGGGCCAUGUAUGUCUCUGACUGAUUGUCAGAGUGGAAAGCUAGUAGUCUA